UUUGAGGAGCCUCCGCUAGGGUAUGCAGCUCCUUGCACUUACUGAUCUCUCAGUAAUAACUGUAACCAUUUCCUAUACUUUUUUUUGAGUUUCGCAUAGAGUUUUGCUGAAGAUCAGGGAUUAUAGGAUCAUGGGAGACUCUUCUGCCUCAUAUAUACACAUGGUGCAGCACCUGAUAGAGAAGUGUCUGAUCUUUCACAUGACUAAAGAAGAGUGCAUGGAAGCCCUUUCAAAACAUGCAAACAUCAAACCUGUUAUCACUUCCACUGUGUGGAAUGAACUGGAGAAAGAAAAUAAGGAAUUCUUCGAGGCGUAUUCGCAAUCUCAGAGCAAAGCAGAGCGAAUGUCCGAGGAAGAGACAAGCCAGAUGAUCCAGAAGAUGAUAUCGGAUUCAUCCAAAGAUUCGGACGAUUAACAUGCUAUCUGAAAGCGAUAUUGCCUGGUUGGUACGGAGCCACUUGAGUACUCCAAAAUUUUUACAUUUAGCCAAACACGGGUCUCGACUAAAUGUAGUCCGUGUCACAGUGGUCCUAGUCCAAUACGGAAGAGUACAGAAUCCCAGUAUCUGCGCCAUUGUCCUCUCCAAUUAAGUUAAUUAACCAUCCUCAUGCUGUGUAACCAACCAGACAAGCCACGUUACUCAUGUAUUAAUUAGCUCUUUAAUCAAGCUAGCGUACGAUUAAUUGUGUAUUUAUAUAAUUACGCGCGUGAUAAUCAUUUGGUACUACUGUUUACAUCAAGCUGUUUUAAAUACAUCAUCAUUUCUACGA